AUGUCGUUUACCGCAGCCCAUCAUUUGUUCCGGGGCCGGAAAAGAUAUCAGUCAUUCCUAAAGGGCGCUCCGCCUCGCAGGGCAACAUACCAGAGAGUGUACAUUCUCGCCAUGACAACGAAGACCCAUACCGUCGCCUUCGGCGCAGGAACGGCCGGGCCGCCAGACGAAUCUCCUUCGCCCGGAGGCGAUAUCACACAAUCGGCAGGUCCCAGCUUCGCCACAUGCCAGAAAAAAUACUCACAAUCACCAGUAUAUACGGCAUGUAGUUCAGGUGGGAAUCCUGCUCCUUCAUAUCCAACACACCUGUCACCAGAUGACGGGUUCCAUCAACGGAGGCCAUCGCUCCCAAAUAUCCCAAUGCUCUCUCUAGCCGUCCCACAGAGUCCCGCAAGAAUAGAAGAGGGCCAUGUAGGCAUAGACCCCCCACCUCCAAUGGAAGAUGAAAAUGACGUUAGCAUCCACUACACCCGUCUGAUCCGCAGCAUUGACCGUGACCAUCGCAAGGCGCUCCAUGUGCGCGAUAGGGAGCUAGCUGGAAUGCGAGAGCGUCUGAACAAGAUCGAUCAGGUAUAUCGCCAGGAGCUGAAGUCGCGGGACUUCACCAUUGACGAUAUGCGGAAACGGCUCGAGAAUCUGCAGGAGCAGAUGAACAGCUAUAUCGAGCGGGCGAAGAACGAAAUGGAGGAUAUGUGGGAAACUAGGUGGAAGGAUCGCGAUCGCCACCUUAUGGAGCGCAUGCGCAGGAUUGAGCUUGAGAGCCAGAUACAGGUGGAGAAGGCGGUUGCUGAACGUGAUAAGGAGUGGGUAGCUGAGUGGGAGAAGAGGAAUGAAGGGCUUCUGGAGAGGUUGAGGGCAAAUGAGGACAGCGUUGCUAACCAGCAUUCUUGA